CUGCAAACCCGGCAGAACUCAACGGGGCUGGACGGCCAUGCCCAAGUACUGCCGGGCGCCGAACUGCUCCAACACAGCGGGCCGACUGGGCGCGGACAACCGCCCCGUGAGCUUCUACAAGUUCCCUCUGAAGGAUGGCCCCCGGCUGCAGGCAUGGCUGCGGCACAUGGGCCAAGAGCACUGGGUGCCCAGCUGCCACCAGCAUCUGUGCAGCGAGCACUUCACGCCCUCCUGCUUCCAGUGGCGCUGGGGGGUGCGCUACCUGCGCCCAGAUGCAGUUCCCUCCAUCUUUUCCCCAGGGCCCACCAAGAGGGAGCGGAGUAGCGGAAGCGAGGAGAAACCUCUAGUGCCUGCGCCUGCACAGGAAGCUACGCCCCUGCCCCCAGGCUCAGCCAACCCCCAUCAGGGCCCUGUACACCUGGUGGUGCUGGGGACAGCAUCUGGAGGCCCCGAGGCCAAGGCCACUGUCUUCCUGACCCCUGUGCCCCUCCCACCGGCACCCCCAGGGCCACAACAUGGUGUCCCUUCCCAGCACCCCAGGGCCAGGCUGGGUGCAGUGCUGGGAGCCCUCCAGCGCAGGGUGCGGAGGCUUCAGCGGCGCCAGGAACAGCACCAGGCACAGCUGCGGGCUCUGGAACAGCUGGCACAGCAGCUGCGCUGGGAGAGCCUGCUGGCACGGGCACGCCGGGGCCAGCUGCGUGGGCUUCCUGGACCAGAGGAAUCCAGAACCUUCACCAUCAUCUGCGGAGGGCCUGACAUAGCCGUGGUCCUCGCCCAGGGUCCUACAGCUCCCACACUGGAUGCCAAGCCUGACCUCCUGGACACUCAGACCCUCACUGCAUAAGGACCAUGACCUAUACUGUCAGGGGACAGAUGGCGGAAGACAAAGGAAGAGAGACUCACUAGGCAUGCGCUUGCCCAGCCCCACCACCCAUGCCUGUGGCAGAGGAGUGCCUUCCUCAAAGGCCUGGCUCCCACCACCCCUUCUGGGGACCCCCUCAACCUAGGGCCAACCUGAGCCCAGACACCCAGCAGUCCCUACGUCCCUGGGUAACUGCUCCUCGCCACCCCAACUUGAAUAUGUAGUCUGUAAAACAGUCAAACAAGGGUUGUUCAUGGGGGAAGUUAUAUCUGGUUCUAAAGAGCCUCAUACCCUUUACCAAGCCUGGUGCCAAGCUGGGGAUACAGCAGUGAACACAGCAGACAAAAUCCUGCCCUCAUGGUGCUCACAUUCUGCUUGAACAGGAGCUGAACCAGUAAACUAAUAAAGAUAAUUUGAGAUUGUGAUAAAUGUUAUAAAGAUGGAAUGAAAAUGUAAUGGAGGUAAUGGGAGGAGGACUCCAUGGUGCUACAAUGUUUGAGCAGAGACCCGGAUGAUGAGGCGCUGUCCUGGAAGGCACAUGGCCUGGUAAAACAGCCCCUUGCAAAUGCCUCAACAUCUAGGCUAUUAGCUGGAGGGUGACAGUGUUGCUCUGGAAAAAAACUAAAGCAGGGAAAGACUGAGUGUGCGUGCGAGGGUGACAGAGCCGAGGCGGUCUUGCUGAAAAGGCGCCACUAAGUUAAAAUCUAAAACAGGAGCGGGGGAACCAAGUAUCUGGGAGAAGAACAUUCAGGAGGAACAGCCAAUGCAAAGGUCCUGGGGUAAGGACGAGCAAGGAUGCCGAUAUACUUGGAGUGGAAUUAUUGAGAAAUUGGAGAAAGUACAGGGAGAGGUUCACACAGGGUCUGUAGCUGUAGUUAAGAACACUGGCUGUUACCUGGAGUGAGGUGCAGCGAGCAGAUACCCCUGAACUGGGAAAGGCCCUGAUGUGAUAGGUGUUGCUAGGUCCCUAUGGGGGCCUCCCUGGUGGCGCAGGCGGUUGAGCGCCACACUAUGAAGCUAGUCACAGCCUCUGCAGCACAGGUUCGAUCCCAGGCACCGGCGAGAAUCCCACAUGGAGCGGCAGACCUCUCCUGUCUCGCCCGCUGCUCCCCUCAGCAGUGUAUUUCAGCAGUCUGCCUGUUCUGUUCCCCACUCUGGUGAAUCCUCUCACCCUCCUGCACAUCUGGCCUGUA